AUUGCCACACACUCUCUCUCUAUCCGUGUGUGUGUGUGUGUGUUCUGUGUGUGUAAAAUUCUUGCAGGAAAGGAAGGAUAGAGAAUGCCAGGCCUAAGAGCCCCUUCUGAUUAUUCCAAAGAACCCUCUCGUCAUCCAAGCCUCCUUAUCAAUUCCAAGGAACCCUUCAACGCUGAGCCCCCUCGUACGACCUUGAUUUCCUCUUAUGUAACUCCGGUGGAUUUCUUCUACAAGAGAAACCAUGGGCCAGUUCCAGUUGUUGAUGACAUUGAGAGCUACCGGCUAUCUAUUGGUGGUUUGGUGGAAAAGCUGAUGGAACUCUCUUUGGCCGAUGUCAAGAAGCUACCAAAAUACAAUGUGAUGUCAACCUUACAAUGUGCAGGUAAUAGAAGGACUGCAAUGAGUAAAACAAAAGCAGUGAAAGGUGUUGGCUGGGAUGUGUCUGCGAUUGGAAAUGCCAUUUGGAGUGGAGCUAAACUGGUUGAUGUCCUUGAACUUGUGGGAAUUACUAAAUUGUCGAGAACCACAUCUUUUGGCGGAAGGCACGUAGAAUUCGUAAGCGUUGAUAUGUGCAAGGAGGAGCAUGGAGGUCCAUAUAAGGCAUCAAUUCCAUUGAUUCACGCAACAAACUCUGAAGCUGAUGUUUUACUUGCAUAUGAGAUGAACGGAAAGCCUCUGAACAGGGAUCAUGGAUAUCCACUUCGUGUGAUUGUCCCUGGUGUUAUUGGUGCCCGCUCUGUUAAAUGGCUGGAUUCAAUCAAUAUAAUGCCACAAGAAUGUCAGGGCUUUUUCAUGCAAAGGGACUACAAGAUGUUUCCUCCCUGGGUUAACUGGGAAAAUAUCGACUGGUCUACCCGAAGGCCACAAAUGGAUUUUCCAGUCCAGAGUGUGAUCUGUUCGCUGGAGGAUGUCAACACAAUGCAACCUGGAAAGAUAACAGUUCAGGGAUAUGCAGUAUCCGGGGGUGGGUGUGGCAUUGAAAGAGUAGAUGUAUCGUUUGACGGCGGCAAAACAUGGGUGGAAGCAUCCAGAUACCAAAAGAGUGGAAUUCCAUAUGUUUCUGAUGAUGAUGCAGAGACUGAUAAAUGGGCCUGGGUGCUCUUUGAGGUCGCAGGUGAUGUUUCCCAGAACACGGAGAUAGUUGCCAAAGCGGUUGACUCUGCAGCAAAUGUCCAACCUGAAAAUGUUGCAGUGAUAUGGAACCUAAGAGGGAUACUCAACACUUCAUGGCAUCGGGUCCAACUUCACGUCAAACCCACAUAGAUGGAAUUGCCAUGCAUCGUCAUCCAUAGCUUUCAGUGUUCGAAGAUACUAUUAGAAAUUAGUCAAGCUAAUUUUGUCCAUAGCAAUAAAAAGUCUUUUUUGGGUUAUCGGGAUUCUAUAUUCCUUGUAGGUCAACAAAAUGUAAUCAGAUGGUGUGUACGUAGUUGUUGUUCGCUUAUUUUGGCAAUCUGAUAUUCUGAUUAACGGAGGAUUGGAACUUGCUUUUCAAGCCAAUCCCCAGAUCUAAUUGGUAAAUUUGAUUCCUUUCAUAAUUUCAAUUUCACUCGCCUUCAGGGAAAAGAAAUCAAGAAUAGGUCGACUUCUGCAA